GGGUUCUGGGGUGACACCAUUUGAGAAGCAGUUGUUAUUAAAUACCUUCAAGUUGACCUCAUUGCUUUGAGCAGGAAGAUAAACAGUGAGUAAGUUGUUUCCAGUAAACUCUCCGCCCGCCCGGGUUCCAUCUCUGAACAACAAGCCGCUUUCCGGGUCUCUCAUCUCGGAGUCGGAGCUGGUCAGACUGGCACUGGCAGAGGGCGGUCCGUCACGAGGAGAGGAGCCUGCUAGGCUAGCAGUUAGCUCCGAGCAGCUAGCAUGCCGUUCAUUUUGAGGGAAGCCCGACGAAGAACAACCCUAACUAUUCUGUUUUUGACUCCCACGCCACUACUGGGCAAUAAGAGGCGUAUUUCCGUCCCUUCGUCAUUGUUUGGAAGGACUAAAUGUUGGGACUUUUGAAGCGGGCUCGAAUGGGAUUUCCCCAGUUAGCCGCAGCUGCUAGUGAUUGUGCUGGAUGGCUAGUUUCGCGGUCAGCCGGUUCGGACUAGCUCGGUGACACAGCUAGUUCACGUCAAUCUCAUAGCAAGCAGGUGGAUUAACCUCUAAAGAUGCCUCCCAGGCCGUCGUCGGGAGAACUAUGGGGGAUGCACUUGAUGCCCCCCAGCAUCAAAGUGGACUGCCUCCUGCCCAACGGCAUGAUCCUGACGUUGGAGUGCUUGCGCGAGGCCACGCUGAUCACGGUCAAGCACGAGCUUUUCAAAGAAGCCCGCAAAUACCCUCUCUACUAUCUACUGCAAGAGGAGAGCUCCUACAUCUUCGUCAGCGUCACCCAAGAGGCGGAACGAGAGGAGUUUUAUGACGAGACCAGGAGGUUGUGCGACCUCAGGCUCUUCCAAGCCUUUCUCAAAGUCAUCGAGCCUGUCGGCAACAGGGAAGAAAAGAUUCUCAAUCGAGAAAUUGGUUUUGCUAUCGGGAUGCCCAUAUGCGAGUUCGAUCUGGUCAAAGAUCCGGAAGUGCAGGACUUUAGAAGGAACAUUUUGAAUGUUUGCAAAGAGGCCGUGGACCUCCGAGACUGUAACGGACCCCACAGUCGAGCCUUGUACGUCUAUCCCCCCAAUGUGGAAUCUGCAGCGGACCUACCCAGGCACAUACAUAACAAGCUAGAUAAAGGUCAAAUCAUUGUGGUCAUAUGGGUGAUCGUGUCGCCCAGCAAUGACAAGCAGAAGUACACUUUGAAGAUCAACCACGACUGCGUGCCGGAGCAGGUGAUCGCCGAGGCCAUUCGCAAAAAAACGCGCAGCAUGCUGCUCUCCCAGGAGCAGCUAAAAAUGUGCGUGCAGGAGUACCAAGGGAAGUACAUCCUCAAAGUCUGCGGUUGUGACGAGUACCUGCUGGAGAAAUACCCUCUGAGUCAGUACAAGUACGUGCGCAGCUGCAUCAUGUUGGGGCGAAUGCCUAACUUGAUGCUGAUGGCGAAAGACAGUCUCUAUUCGCAACUGCCAAUGGACAAUUUCGCCAUGCCGUCGUACGCCAGACGGAUAUCCACGGCGACUCCUUACAUGAAUGGAGAAACGUCCACGAAGUCUUUAUGGACGAUCAACGGAGCGCUCAGGAUCAGGGUGCUCUGCGCCACUUAUGUCAAUGUUAAUAUCAGAGACAUAGACAAGAUCUACGUCAGGACUGGCAUCUACCACGGUGGAGAGCAGUUGUGUGAUAAUGUCAACACCCAGCGCGUGCCUUGUUCAAAUCCCAGGUGGAAUGAGUGGCUCAACUACGACAUGUACAUUCCGGACAUUCCACGUGCUGCACGUCUUUGCCUCUCCAUCUGCUCAGUUAAAGGGAGGAAGGGGGCAAAGGAGGAGCACUGUCCACUGGCCUGGGGCAACAUCAACCUGUUUGACUACACUCACACACUCGUAGCAGGAAAGAUGGCGCUCAACCUUUGGCCCGUCCCUCACGGCCUGGAAGAUCUGCUCAACCCCAUCGGCGUCUCGGGCUCCAAUCCCAACAAGGAAACUCCAUGCCUGGAGUUGGAGUUUGACCAUUUUAGUUCUCCGGUCAAGUUCCCUGAUAUGACCAUCAUUGAAGAUCAUGCAAAUUGGAAUAUUUCUAGAGAGCUUGGACUGAAUUACUGCCCCACGGGUUUGAGUAACAGAGUGGCCCGAGACAACCCCUUCACGGACAGCGACAAUGAGCAGCUUCGCCAAGUUUGUAACCGCGACCCGUUGUCUGAGAUCACUGAGCAGGAGAAAGACUUUCUAUGGAGGCACAGACAUUAUUGUGUCACCAUGCCUGACAUCCUUCCCAAGAUCCUUCUCGCUGUGAAAUGGAACUCCAGAGAUGAGGUUGCACAGAUGUAUUGCCUUCUGAAGGAUUGGCCCGCGAUCAAGCCGGAACAAGCCAUGGAGUUGCUGGAUUGCAACUUUCCCGAUCCCAUGAUCAGAGAUUUUGCUGUAAAGUGCCUUGAGAAAUAUUUAACAGAUGACAAACUGUCACAGUACCUCAUUCAACUGGUUCAGGUUCUAAAGUAUGAGCAGUACCUUGAUAAUCCACUUGGCCGUUUCCUGCUGAAAAAAGCAUUAACCAACCAGAGGAUAGGGCAUUUCUUCUUCUGGCAUUUAAAAUCGGAAAUGCACAACAAGACGGUCAGCCAGAGGUUCGGACUCCUGCUGGAGUCGUACUGCCGGGCCUGCGGCAUGUACCUGAAGCACCUCAGCCGCCAGGUGGAAGCCAUGGAGAAACUCAUCAAUCUCACGGACCUCCUCAAACAGGAGAAAAAGGAUGAGGCGCAGAAGGUUCAGAUGAAGUUUCUGGUGGAGCAGAUGAAGAGGCCAGACUAUAUGGACGCACUGCAGAGUUUCACUUCCCCGCUGAAUCCGGCACACCAGCUGGGAAACCUACGUCUGGAAGAAUGUCGGAUGAUGUCAUCUGCCAAGCGACCUCUGUGGCUUAAUUGGGAAAACCCGGAUAUGAUGUCGGAGCUCCUAUUUCAGAACAACGAAAUCAUCUUCAAAAACGGAGACGAUCUGAGGCAGGACAUGCUGACGCUGCAGAUCAUUAGGAUAAUGGAGAACAUCUGGCAGAACCAAGGCCUUGAUCUCAGGAUGCUCCCGUACGGUUGCCUUUCCAUCGGCGACUGCGUAGGUUUGAUCGAGGUGGUGAGGAAUUCUCACACCAUCAUGCAGAUCCAGUGUAAAGGAGGCCUGAAGGGGGCGCUGCAAUUUAACAGCCACACACUGCAUCAGUGGCUCAAAGAUAAGAACAAGGGCGAGAUGUAUGACCAAGCUGUAGAUUUGUUCACGCGGUCAUGCGCGGGCUAUUGCGUCGCCACGUUUAUCCUGGGCAUAGGCGAUAGACACAAUAGCAACAUCAUGGUGAAAGAUGACGGACAGCUGUUCCACAUCGAUUUCGGCCAUUUCCUUGACCACAAAAAGAAGAAAUUUGGCUACAAGAGAGAGCGAGUGCCCUUUGUUUUGACACAAGACUUCUUGAUCGUCAUCAGCAAGGGUACUCAAGAGUGCACCAAGACCAGAGAGUUUGAAAGGUUCCAAGAGAUGUGUUACAAGGCCUACCUGGCGAUCCGGCAGCACGCCAACCUCUUCAUCAACCUCUUCUCCAUGAUGCUGGGCUCCGGGAUGCCCGAGUUACAGUCGUUCGACGACAUCGCUUACAUCCGCAAGACCUUGGCCUUGGACAAAUCGGAGCAGGAGGCCCUGGACUAUUUCAUGAAGCAGAUGAACGACGCUCACCACGGCGGCUGGACCACCAAAAUGGACUGGAUCUUCCACACCAUCCGCCAGCACGCCAUGAACUAAGAGAACCAAAAGGGCGCCCGAGAGCCUCGAUCAGGGACACUACACGGCUGCACUACACGGACUUCCCGGUAUUUCAUGGCUUCUUCUCUACGUAGGAAGUAAGAGUGAAACGGACCUUCGCCGUAUUUGCCCGACGCAACACUUUGUUUUCUUCUUCAUCGUUUGAUAUCCGUCGAUGGACGAAGCCGCGCCUCGUUUUCCGGACCGCUUAUUUAACUCUUUCGGCGCCGUUGACGUACAACAGAUGUCCAAUCGCGUGACUUUUUUCGUACUCCGGAAAGAAUUUGUCGCUAGUAGACGUCCAAUCCAUUUAAAGUGGGAGAGGGUCAACCCUCUCAUUUCAAAUGGAUCGGUUCUCGAUGACCAUUGACAUCUAAUUCAUGUCAUUGGCAAAACACCUUUGCGAGUUGGACCGUUUUCUACGACACUUUCAAUCAGAUCGCAAAAAGGAUCAUUUCCAGGCCCUGAUCGCAAAUAAAUUGGACGUCUGUCCCCGUCGACGGCAGCCAAAAGGGUUUUUGGACAUGGGGACGAGGCAUGCGGAAAACAACAGGACACUAACAAUCCAAAUUCUGAAAAAAGGAACUAGCAAUAUUCACGGAAAGCCCAUUUGGUCUUCUACUAUGCAGUAUUAGGGCCACACAAAAAAGGGGGAAAAAAUUACAAGAUUAAAAUAGUAAUAUUUUGGGGUUAAGGUUGUAUUAUGCCUUUAAACUCAUAUUACAACUAUUUCUGGCAAAAUUACAAAUAAUGACAUUGUAUUAUGACUUAAAGUGCCUAUGACACUAAUAAGCAUGUGUCAUUCAUAUUUCAUGCGGUAUUUCAUGCUCCUGAAUGAAAUAGACCGCUUGAAUUAGGGCUGCAGCUAUCGAUUAUUUUAGUAGUCGAUUAAUCGAUGAACUAGUUAGUUUGAAUAAUCGAGUAAUCAGAGAAGAUACAUGAAAAAUUAAAAUACACGAGCUUAGCCUCAAAUGGUAUUAAAAAAAAAAAAAAAUUUGGAUCUAUGUACAAAAAAAGAACAAUUGGCUAACUUAGCGUAAGUCCACUAGCUUAAAUGCAAUAAAAUGCUAAUGUUUUUUUUCUUUCUUCACAAUAAACAAUAAACUAAAUUACGAAUGCAUGAAAAAAAACAUUAGCUCAAACAAAAACUUAGCUUAUGUUGGUCUUAACAUGGAGCAGCUGGAUUCAGCCAUGUGAAAUGAGGCAGACUAGAGGGCAGUGUAUCCACCCAAAUAAAUAAAACUAAAAGCAAACACUUUCAAAAUAAACCAUUACAACAUCACUUUAAUUUAACGAAUACUCAAAGCAGCAAAAUUUAAUUCGAAUGUUUUUCUCUAAUCGAAUACUCGAAUUAAUCGUUGCAGCACUCGUUUGAAUGUGUGUGUGGAAGCGAUCGUUUUAUUCAUUAAAUUUUUGAAUCCCGUGCAAUGAAAAUGAGUGACUUCCGGCUCCAGUCUCGGUUUGAGGACGUAUGCGAAUGCGACGUCACCCGGGUUAGCAUCUCACAAUACAGCAUUGCAUUAUAGCAUGUGGAUGGACUGUGGAAUCAGCUGAUUUUACGAAUGAAUUCGUUUAUUUUUUGCAUCACGCCAGCCAAAUGUGCUGCAGGGUUUUGUUGCUGCACCAGGGAAAGGCAUGUGAGCCUUUUUGGGUUUCAUAAGGUUCCCGUGCACUCCGAGAUUGGAGUCAGACAACUGUGGGACCAUUGGACUUACGAGGAAGUGAGUGAACAUCGUAUUUUGUAUUAUGUCAAAUAUUGGGAUCAUGGCACACCUUUUAAUGGGGAGGUGGCUUGUGUUUUGUGGCUGAUUGUCUACCGAAAACGCCACUUGGCUGACGACCGGCGUCUUGUCGCACACCUCCCUGCUGGGAGAGCGCUGUGCUUAUUGCCCUCUUCGUGUGCGACUUCGUGGCCGCGAAUACAGCGAUUACAAACUAAACACUACAAAGUUUCUUUAAAUAAAGGACUAUUUACUUAUGUUUGAUCAAAAAGUUCUCCUUAGACACAUCCUGCCAUGUUAGCUGCACAACAGCCGCACGCCACUCUCUCACUGUUUACGUCUUUGCCGUGUAGUUAAGCAUUAAUUUACGCCAUAUUCAUGCUGACGUGGCAGCUACGCGCCGGCGGUCAUUCUUUAGCUGCUUCCCCGGCAAAUGAGCUCUUCUGGCUGCAGCAGGGGAACGACGAGCUGUAACUUGCCCGCUCCCGGGCGGGUUGCCGAUUGUCUCCGCCGCUGUGUGACAUGAUCCGGGGUGGUUUUGUGUGAUUUUUAGCUUGGAAAGGCGAGAAUACGACUUUGAAACAUCACUCGCUUAGGGUUAGCAUGUCAUGCCUCCUGGUUUGUUUACGCUCUCCGAAGCCAGGGCAGGGAAAUGACAAAAGCCGGACUACGGUGGCAUAAAAUAUCGUUCGGGAGGUGCAAAAAGUCGACAGUUAUGACCAUUAUGGAGUCAUUUUGCAGGGUUGUACUGAAGAAAUGCAUUUUUAAAAUUUCAUAUUCCAUUUAGCACAAGACUGGUAUUUGUCAUGGCCAUACCAUUUAUUUAGCAAUUAGGGAAAAAUACUUGGAUAAAAAGAACAUCCUGUAAAAAUAUUGGAGUAGAGAGAUUGAAACAAUGACAUUUUGCGGCUCUCUUCGUCGCGUUUUCCUUGUUCUGAAUAAUUCCUCCUCAAUGGGCUGAAUUCUAAAUCAGAUAAACCGUGACCUUGCGACGUCAUCCUCCAGUUGGGGACGGUAGAGCGCUAUAAUGACAGACGGGGCUAAACUGCAGAUUAAAAGACUAAUUUCUCGUCAUCUGCGCUUUGCCUAAUUGUUGUAUAUAGUCGAAUUGUCUCAAACGAUGAUUCUGAUUCACAUAAUAAUGCUAUUUAAGACUUUAUCCUGUCAUAGGCACUUUAAUCUUAUAUUACAAGGUGUGACUUCAUUCUCGUAAUAUUACGACUUUAUUCCUAUUUUGAACAUGUUUUUCUUUCUUUCUUUGUGAAGCCCUAUUACUCAGUUGAAAUGCUCAGACGACUGACAGAGAUGGCAUUUAUUCCCUGAAUUUUGCUGGCCUAUUCGUAGCAAACCCUUCAACCCGGUCGAUGGUUUUUUUGUUUUUACUUGUACAGCAGUAUGCCCUUUGACGUGCGUGGUAUGCACGGAUUCCUCUUUGAGUCCAUUUCUACUGAGCCAAAGUACUCGAUGUGUAAAGCCCUCAGCAGUCUUAUUGUCUCCUUUAUUCCAAUUCUCUACUCAUCGCACUGAUUUCUGCAGUCUGUGUUUUUGUGCGUCCUGUCGCGUUAUCAGUAUUACUGGGUGGCUGUUGUUUUUCGAAUGCUGUUACACUAUGCAAAUCGGAAGCGUUAACUCAUUGGCAUCCAAUCCGUUUUGACCGUGAGGGCUGCCACCUCAGCGGCUCCCUGUUCUGGUACCCAGCUGCGUGCUAUCAGCUGAUAAUGUACCAAUAGAAUAUGAAAAAGUAUAUUUUUUCUUUGAAUCCAGAAUUUCUGCAAAUGUAAAUUCAUUCUAUCAUGACAGCGCUUAAUUCUUUGUCUGCCACCGACGGCGCUAGACGUCGGUUUAUUCGUCACUUCGCCCUUCCACUUCAAAUGGAUUGGACGUCUACUAGUCAUCAAGUCAUUUCGAUUGACGGCAGAAGCAUGAAAAGAGCUUUCAUCGCCGCUACCAACAUGGCGUCAGGCUGGCGGCCAUGUUAGUAGGGGCCGCCUUCCUAUCAAAGUGGUCCAAAUGAAGUGGUCACAAGCUUAUUUCUUAACUGAAGAUGAUUUCAUCAAUGUUGAAGUGUUUGCUAUUCAGUCAUUGGCUGCCAUUGACGGCGCUAGACGGCCAAUCCAUUAGAACAUUUAUUCGCUGCCGCCCUCCUACUUCAAAUGGCUUGAACAGCUACUCAAGAUGUCUCUCCAAGGGACAGUUGGGACAAAACACUCCCAACUCUUCAGGAUGCUCAAAUUAUCCCGCCAACUUUUUAAGCAACCUUAUUUUCGUUAUAAAGUGGUAUGAAAAAGUAUCUGAACCUUUUGGAAUUUCUCACAUUUCUGCAUAAAAUCUCCAUCAAAUGUGAGCUGAUCUUUGUCAAAAUCACACAGAUGAAAAAACGGUGUCUGCUUUAACUAAAACCACCCAAACAUUAAGAGGUUUUCAUAGUUUAAUGAGGAUAGCAUACAAACAAUGACAGAAGGGGGUAAAAAUAAGUAAGUGAAUCUUCUUCAUAAGGAGACUUAAAGAGCAAUUGAAAGCAAUUUUUACUACACAAUCCAAGUCAGGUGUGUGCCCAACCACUCAUGAGUGGUUUAAAGCUGCCCUGCCCGCUAUAAAACACACACCUAGUAAGAAUUGUCUUGAUGAGAAGCAUUGUCUAAUGUGCAUCAGGGCUCGGUCAAAAGAGCUGUUUGAAGAUUGUUGAUUUGUAUAAAGCUGGGAAUCUGGUUGUUCAUCAAUCAACAGUCAGAGAAGUUGUCUACAAAUGGAGAGAGUUUGGCACGGUUGCUUACCCCCAAGGAGUGGGCGUCCACCAAAGAUGAUGCCAGUAGUUCAGCGCAGAAUAAUCAGUGAGGUAAAAAAGAACCCUCAAGUGUCUGCUCAAGACUUACAGAAAUCAGUGGCACAGUCCAAUAUCUCCGUGCACACAUCAACUAAAUGGACAAGAAUGGUGUUCAUAGGAAGACUCCACGGAGGAAGCCACUGCUGUCGAAAAAAACAUUGUUGCUCAUUUAAUGUUUGCUAAGCAGGCACUCGGACACUCCACAGAAGUUAAGGCAAAAUAUUUUGUGGACUGAUGAAACCAACGUUGAAUUGUUUGGGAGUAACACACGACGUCAUGUGUGGAGGAAAAAUGGAGCAGCUCACCAACAUCAACACCUCAUCCCCACGGUGAAGUAUGGUGGAGGGAGCAUCAUGAUUUGGGGCUGUUUUGCUACCUCAGGGCCUGGACAACUUGAAAUCAUUAAUGGAAGAAUGAAUUCAAAAGUUUUGCAGGAAAACCUGAGGCCGUCUGAAAAGAGGAUGGCUGCAGCAACAAGACAAUGAUCCAAAACACAGAAGUAAAUCAACUUCAGAAUGGUUUCAGAAGAACGAAAUACAUAUUCUGGAGUGGCCAAGUCCAAGUCCAGACUUGAACCCCAUUGAGAUGCUGUGGCAUGACCUAAAGACAGUGAUUCAUCCCUGGAAUCUGACUGAACUACAGCAGUUUUGUAAAGAACAAUGAGCCAAGAUUAGUCCUGAUUGAUGUGCCAGACUGAGCUGCAGCUACAGGAAGCGUCUGGUUGAAGUUAUUGCCACAAAAUAUUAAAUACCAUGGUUCACUUACUUAUUUCUCCACAUUCUGUCAUUGUUUGCAUACUAUCUUCACUUAAAAUAUGAAAACCUAUAAAUGUUUGGGUUGUUUUCGUGAAAGCAGACAGUUUUUUCAACUGUGUGGUUUUGACAAAGAUCACAUUUGAUGGUGAUUUUAUGCAGAAAUGUGAGAAAUUCCAAAAGGUUCAGAUACUUUUUCAUACCACUGUAGAUCUCAAAAAGUGCAAAUUGCGAUGCAUCGGCACAUUAUCUGUUGGUCAUUAUCGACACAGCGCUAUUCGAUAUUAGCCAUCCCAGUUGAAAUAGAUUUGAGGUCGAUGACAGUCAAUAGCAGUGAAUGAGUUAUGUCGGAUCUUUGAAGGCCGAUGCAAGAGUCUGUUAUCCCAUAAAAUUCCCACAACAGAAGGAAGGAACUUUUUUACAAAAUUGGAGAAUUUUUUUUUUUUGCUUAUUUUUCUCAAAAUUUUUGUCUUGUGUAAGUCUAUUUUUGCCGAAUUGAGAAAGGUCGGAAUGGCUCGUUCCCUACUUUCGAGUUCCGAGUGUCCUCCUCCCAGAGAGGUACCAGCCAGCUUUACCAAAUGCUGCAUUCAUGCCUGAAGUGAUUAAAAAAAAAAUUUUUUUUUUGUCCUGGUCAAACCAUUCAAACGCAAAGUUAUGACCGUUCUUCUUUGCUUUGUGCUGUUUUUGUUAGGCACCCUACAUUAUGUAUGUACAAUGAAGUAUUAGGGACUCUCAAAAAAAAUUGCCCGACAACAAUAAAGUCAUAGGUUGUAAAUAUUACGAAAUGAAAAGUUUUAAUAUUACAAUUUUUUUAUUUUUACCAGAUUAAGGUCGUAAUACUUCACGUCAUAUGAUGAGAUGUCACGUAAUGUUAUGAGAAAAAAAUGUUACGUGAUUUUCGUAAUAUGACGAGUUUAAAGUGAUAUUAUGUGUCUUUUCGUAAUACAGUGGUAUGAAAAAGUGAACCUUUUGGAAUUUCUCACAUUUCUGCAUUAAAUCACCAUCAAAUGUGAUCUGAUCUUUGUCAAAAUCACACAGACGAAACAACAGUGUCUGCUUUAACGAAAACCGCCCAAACAUUUAUAGGUUUUUGUAUUUUAGUGAGGAUAGUAUGCAAACAAUGACAGAAGGGGGAAAGAAUAAGUAAGUGAACUCUCUGCCUAAGGAGACUUAGAGCAAUUGAAAGCAAUUUUUACUACACAAUUUAAGUCAGGUGUGUGCCCAAUCACUGAAGAGUGGUUUAAAGCUGCCCUGCCCACUAUAAAACACACACCUGGUAAGAAAUGUCUGGAUGUUCAUCAAUCGACAGCGAGAGAAGUUGUCUACAAAUGGAGAGAGUUUGGCACUGUUGCUUCUCUCCGAAGGAGUGGCUGUCCACCAAAGAUGACGCCAAGAGUUCAGCGCAGAAUACUCAGGUAAAAUAAAUAAAUAAAUAAAUAAACAAACAAACAAGUGUCUGCUAAAGACUUAUAGAAAUCAUUGGCACAGUCCAAUAUCUCUGUGCACACAUCAACUAUAUGGCCAAAAAUGGUGUUCAUGGGAGGAUUCCACGGUGAAAGCCACUGCUGUCUAAAGAAAACAUUGAUGCUCAUUUAAUGUUCGCAAAAAGGCACUCCACAAAAGUUUUGGCAAAAUAUUUUGUGGACUGAUGAAACCAAAGUUGGUUUGAGAGUAACACACAAUGUCAUGUGUGGAAGAAAAAUGGAACAGCUCACCAACGGCACCGUGUAGCAUGGUGGAGGGCGCUUCGCAUCAUGAUGAUUUGGGGCUGUUUUGCUGCCUCAGGGCCUGGACAAAUUGCAAUCAUGAAUGGAAGAAUGAAUUCAAAAGUUUUGCAGGAAAACCUGAGGCCGUCUGUCAGACAGUUGAAGCUAAAAAGAGGAUGGAUGCUGCAACAAGGCAAUGAUCAGAACAGAAGUAAAGUAACUCCAGAAUGGUUUCAGAAGGACAUAAUACAUUUUCUGGAGUGGCCAAGUCAAAGUCCCCAUUGAGAUGCAGUGGUAUGACCUAAAGACAGCAAUUCAUCCCGGGAAUCUGACUGAACUACAGCAGUUUUGUAGAGAAGAUUAGUCCUGGUCGAUGUGCCAGACUGAUAUGCAGUUACAGAAAGUGUCUGGUUGAAGUUAUUGCUGCCACAAAAUAUUAAAUGUGAUGGUUCACUUACUUAUCCCCCCCCCUCCUGUCAUUGUUUGCAUACUCUACUCAUUAAAAUAUGAAAACCUAUAAAUUUUGGGUGGUUUUAGUUCAAGCAGACACUGUUUUUUUCAUCUGUGUGAUUUUGACAAAGAUCAGCUCACAUUUGAUGGUGAUUUUAUGCAGAAAUGUGAGAAGUUCCAAAAGGUUCAGAUACUUUUUCAUACCACUGUAUGACUCAUAUUUAUUUAUACUCCUAUUUUCUCAACUAAACUCUUCAUAUUUCCACUUUAAUCUUGUAGUAAGAAGACUAUAUUCUUUUAGUCCUAGUUUUUUGUUUGUUUGUGUGGCCCUAAUACUAAUAAUAUCUACGAGGUAUAGUACGUAUGAGGUCCUCGACUAACUUUUUUUUUUUUUUUUUUUUUUGUGGGGUGACCCGAUGCUGUUUACUUGAAUUUAUUGUAUAGAAAUGACCUUGUUACUUGUGAGGUACAACAAAGUCACAAGGAAGGUAACAACUGCUACUACAUGUGCAAAUGUUUUUUUUUUUUGUGUUCCCUUCAUUAACUACAGAGGUAAUAUAUUUUUGUAUUUUUUGAAAUAUAAUCCAACUCGUAUAUGGAUUUGCUUACCAGAAAAAGAAAAAGAAAAAAAACACGUGUCUCAUCCUCAUCAUAACCCAGUAGACAACUUGUAGUUGUUGAAAUAAUAUGAAAGGUCGGUCGAGUGGGUGAAUGAAGGACACGGCUUGAUGAUGGCUUUCCCCUUGGAAAAAAAAAAAAAAAAAGCACAAUGAGGAAAACGAAGAUAACCCUGCAUGUUUGAAAAGAAAAAUCUGUGUACAUAUUUGCAUAUAUAUUAUAAAGUCUUGUUUUGGUCCUUGUCAUAUGACAUGAUCUGACAAGAAACUGUAAGUAUCCAUGAUUAUGAAAUAAAGCAUUUCUCCUUAUAAUGAAUUUUAUUGUGAACGAACAUAUGUUUCUAUAAUGGCACUUCCGCUUUAUUGUGACUAUUUUGAUGAAAGAAAUAAACAUAUUU